UGCAACGCUAUUUUUCAAUUUUAAUUCAAUUUUCAAGUGAAUAUGCCGCACAUUCGCCAAUGUACUUACAACCACUCGAGAUCCUACAUAAAAACAACUACGCCAAACAUCAGAUAAACAUGUUAGGUAAAUUGGACAUCUUAAGACGCGGAUCUAGGAUCUUAUUGGGAACCAUUGUGUGGAUUUGGAUGCUGAUCACCUUACUUCAGCAUACCAAAUCACAAACUUCAGGUCUAAAAUUCAUCGAAAUUGAAGAUUUCCUACAAACGGAAGCUGAUAUGAUAUCAAAAAUACACAGUUACCUGGCACAAGAGCGAGAACAUUUAGACCAAUUGAAAACAACCCUAUUCAACUGGAAAGAAUGGAGGACCUCAAACACCGAUCAAGAAACCCAGUAUAUUGCGAUUCCACAAAACUUACUCAAGUUAUUUAAAAGACUGACAAUAGAUUUGGAUCAAAUUACAAGGCGCAUGCUUGAAGAUAGGAACAAUGUAGGUACUGGGGCUAUAAACGACAUCAAACCACCGACUGAAGAUCACCUCAAAAGAGUAGUUUUGUCAUUAGUUGACCUUCAACUUCAACACGGUUUGAAAGCAGAAGAUAUUAUGAACGGAACCAUGAUGAAUAUGUCGUUGAAUGCAUCUUUAUCACUGGAUGCGUGUCACUUCAUAGGACAGACGUGUUCUGAAUAUAACAAUCAUCAAUGUGCUAUUGACUGGUUAAAUACAUGCUAUUCGUUAUCAUCUGAUGCGGAAUUUGAUUAUAAAAUUGAAAAAUUGAUAUAUCCUUCUUAUAUAUUCGCAAAUCAAACAAGCGAUGCCCUUCGUCAUGCAACACACUGUUUAGAUUACUAUUACUACGAUACCGCUACUUUGCACGCAUAUUACGAAUUGAGUUCCCAAUUAGGGGAGCUCGACGAUACUACUGAUUUUGUACUGGAAGCUCAACGGAUCUGCCGAGAAAAGCCCACAAAUCCAAUUACUUCAACUCUCAAAUGCAGAUAUAAUCAUGAAAACUCCGCUUUCCUAAAAAUAGCUCCAUUAAAAGAAGAAGAAAUCUAUCAUCACCCAAAAGUUUUACUAUACAGAGAUAUAGUCUACGAUUCGGAAAUUGAAACCAUUAAAGCUGAAGUUGAAGGAGGAAAACAUAUGCACGUGUCACAGACAAUCGGUACAGACGGUAGCGAUAUUUCAAAAGGAUUCAGUUUUCGAAUAAGUGAGACAGCUUUUAUAGAUAAUCAACAAGAAUCAUUUUUACCCCAGCUGCGUCAAAGAAUGGAGGAUAUUUCUGACCUAUCAAUCAAAUCUAGCGAAUGGUGGCAAGUACUGAAUUACGCUCCAGGUGGAUUUUAUAUCUUGCAUUCUGAUUAUUUACAUGAGAAUUCCUCUGAUGUUAUAGAACAAGGAAAUCGUAUGAGUACAAUGUUAUUCUAUUUUAAUGAUGUACCCUUAGGAGGUGAAACUGUGUUUCCUCGGAUUGGCGUAUCAGUUAAACCAACAAAAGGGCUUGGACUCGUUUGGUCAAAUGUUCAUCCAAAUGGCUCAGAAAACGAAUUGCUUGAACACACCGCGUGCCCAGUUAUUAAAGGCGAAAAAUGGGGUUUUACUCAAUGGAUGCGAUCGUUAAAUCAGAAAUGCAUUCGCAAAACAUACGAAUAUCAUCCGACUAUUUUACAAGAAAACGCGCUGAGGUCCUUACGUAAUUCAAUAGAUGAAAGAAAUGCGACUGCUAAGUGCUAAGGAAUUUUCAAAAAAAUCGUACCGAUUUUCAGAAAAACAAAUAUAAAAUAUUUUAAAUUUGUUUCAGUUAA